AUGAGAUAUAAGAAGCUACGGGUUGACAUUAUGGGGUAUAAGAAGCAAAACCCCACUAAGCGUUUGGCGGACUCGGGUUUUGUUAACCAGUUCGAGUUACCCAACUCAUGUAGUUGGGCUUUCCGGGUCGGUAACAUUCUUCUCUACCCGACUGCACUCAUACCCGUCUCCGGCCACUGUAACGCUCGCAUCGUAGUCGCAAACCCUCACAACACUCACGUUGCUCUCGCCGACGCUUCCUUCAUCCUCAACGAGGUUCGCGUCACCAUCUCCGACUCUGGCAUAGGUCUUCGUGGACAGUGGUAUCAACUGUUGGGGGUGCGUGGUUGUUGCUUUGGCUGUUCAGAGUAUUUCUUCUCAGAGAAACCUGUAGAUCUUGCAGAAGAAAACAAUGAUAACUCAUCUGAUGAGGAGAAACCACUAAUUGAUGAAGACAUUGAAGUGAAGCGUAUGAAAAGGCUUGAGCAAGUGAGGGCCAGACGUCCUUAUCAUGCUAUAUCUGAGGAUGGAAGUGGUUGGGUUUCACUUUCUUCUAAAUCUGAAAAUGGCACUAACUCAAACAAUGAUAUGUCUCCACCCCAGAAAGGAAAAGGCGCUGAUUUAUCACCUGAGCAACGGUUGAAACGCAAUGACACACCAUCACCAGAUUACAGGUCUUCUGAUUUGCAAGACAUCUCUCCACCUCGACGAGGUCGUCAUGAUUCUCCCUCUCAAGAUGCUUUACAUGAGUCUGUGGCAUCAGACCUUUCACCCCCAAAGAAAAUCCUGAAGAAUGCUGUAAGAACAGGUUUGCCUGAUAUUUCUCGUGGUCAAUCACCUCAAGAUUUCUCUCCACCUCGACGAGGUCAUCAUGAUUAUGAGACAUCUGAUUUGCAAGAUAUCUCUCCACCUAGACGAAGUCGUCGUGGUUCUCCCUCUCAAGAUGUUUUACGGGGAUCUGUGGCAUCAGACCUUUCACCCCCAAGGAAAAUCCGGAAGAAUAUUGCAAGAUCAGGUUUUCCUGACUCUCACCGCCAUUCACCUCAAGAUCUAUCUCCUCCUCGACGUGGUCGUCAUGAUUCUCCUUCUAAAGAUGCUUUACAUGGAUCUGCAGUAUCAGACCUUUCACCCCCAAGGAAAAUUCAGAAAAAUGUUGGAAGACUGGGUUCAUCUGAUUUUUCUCGCCAUCAUUCACCUAGUCCUUCAGUUAAAGUUAGUUCACAUCCAGUUUUGGAUCCUGACCUUUCUCCACCGAGGAAAAAUACUAAGGAGUCAUCAAAUCCAGCCAGUAAAACAGGUCUAAUUUCUGGUAAGGAUAUCAGGGACGAGAUUGACAAAAAGAAGAGGGACGAUAUGUUGAGAUUUAACCAGAUGGACCCUUCCAUCAGUGGACGCGGUGCUGAACCUGUAUAUCGUGAUAAAGUAAAAGGAGUGCGCAUUUCAAAGGAUGAAUACUUGAAAUCAAAACAGAAAGUAGAAGAAAAACCCAAGGAGAUAGAAAUAGAAUGGGGCAAGGGCUUAGCUCAAAAGCGUGAAGCUGAAGCUAGGCUGAAGGAACUAGAACUUGAGAAGGAGAAGCCUUUUGCACGGACCAGAGAUGAUCCUGAACUAGACAAAAUGCUGAAGGAGAGAUUAAGGUGGGGUGAUCCUAUGGCACAUCUGGUUAAGAAAAAAUAUCCAGAGCCUGUUCUUCCAAACCUGGGGGAAAAUGAGAAGAUGAAGGAAUCUGGUUUUGUAAUCCCUCAGGAUAUUCCAAAUCACAGCUGGUUAAAAAGAGGUUUAGAUGCUGCUCCAAAUCGGUAUGGAAUAAGGCCAGGAAGACACUGGGAUGGUGUUGAUCGUAGUAAUGGGUUCGAAAAGGAUAUGUUCAAGAGAACAAAUGAGAGGCAAGCCAGAGAUAGAGAAGCUUAUCUUUGGUCUGUGUCUGAUAUGUGA